UUCUACGCUUAUCACAUUGUGAAAGUACAAAUAUGUUGGAGGGUUUGGCUUAGAUGACAGUCAACUACAACAGAUCGAUAAAGAAGCAUGCUGAAGAUACAAGCAGGAAUAUUUGUGUUCUUUUAUUUCUCAAUUAGCAGUACUGUAACAAUAAAAUGGGGAUCAACAAAAGUGAUGGAAAUAUUAGCAAAAGAAUACACAGAACACAAAACUUUCAAAGAACUACUUCAACCUAUAUUGGUCCCUAGAAUGGUAGAUACAGAUUCACAUCGAAAUGUCAGAGAGCAUCUUAUUAAUACAUUAAAGAGUUUGAAUUGGCACGUAGAGGUUGACGAGUUCCAAGAUGAGACACCUUACGGAACAAAGACAUUCCGUAAUAUUAUAGCAACAUAUGACCCUUCCAAACCACAACGUCUAGUCCUAUCAGCUCAUUAUGACUCCAAGAAUCUUACUGACGGCAGAAAAUAUUUUGUAGCGGCCACAGACUCAGCUGUUCCAUGUGCUAUUUUACUGGACAUGGCUAAACAACUAGAUUGUCUUCUUACUAAAGAAAAGAGUAAUAGAAAAACAGACAUUACUCCACAGAUUGUAUUUUUUGAUGGUGAAGAGGCUUACAAUCAAUGGACAGAAACAGAUUCUUUGUACGGAGCCAGACAUCUGGCUGAUAAAUGGCAAAAAACUACUGAUCGUAAUUUACAAACAAAAAAUAAUUUACAAACAAUUAAACUUCUUGUGUUGUUAGAUUUAAUUGGGUCAGCUGAUGUAGCAUUCAGAAAUUUUUUCCCAGAGACAUCAAAAGAAUUUGAAAAUUUAGUGAAACUUGAAAAAGUUCUAAAUGAAAAAGAUUUUUUGAAUAAAGAAGGUAUACGAAAGAGGUCGCCAUUAUUUGUAACAGAUAAUAGAUUUUCCUACUUUGGUGGUGGAAUUGAAGAUGAUCAUAUUCCUUUUCUUAGAAAAGGUGUAAAAAUUCUCCAUCUGAUAUCUAGUCCGUUUCCACGUGUUUGGCACACGAUGGGUGAUGAUGAAACUGCUAUAGACUAUGAUGUUACUGACAAUUUCAACAGAAUCUUCAGGACAUUUGUUGCUAAUUAUUUAAGAUUAGAUGCAACCGAUUCAAACUGUCGCAGAAAAAAGAAAUAAAAUUGUUAAUAUUUUUCAUAAAGUAUUUAUGUUAUGUUUGUCAAUAAUAGUGUUUAUUUGU